AUGCGCUCGAUUUUUGUGGUUCUUCUUUUUGCCGCCGUUGUUCAGACACAGUUUGAGCUGUCGGCAGCGUCAACACGAGCCGCAACCAGACGUCCAUCAUGGAUUCGGUCAAAAGUGGCAAGGGUUCAGGAGUGGGCGGGGUGGAGGAGAAGAGAAUCAACGACUCCUAGAAUUAGGUCAACUACAGUAGCCCCCAGUAGUCGUAGUUUUGUAGAUAAAGUUAGAGAUAGGUUCAAAGGAUCUACUUCACCAAGUCCAGGAUUUCUGGACAGAAUGAAAAAUCGAUUUAGAGGAAAUAUCCAAUCAAGCACAGUUAGUCCGCACGAUGCUCCAGAUCUAGGCUUUCUGAAUAGAAUGAAAUCAAAAUUUGGAAUCAAAUCUGGGAGCACUACCGCUUCUCCGAUGGAUCCGCCAGGUCCAGGGUUCGGAAGUAGUACUGUACCUCAUCACCAAGCAUCUUCGGAUACAAGUUUUCUGGAUAAAAUUAAAGCAAAACUAGGUGGAAGAAUUAUUAUUCCAGUUCCUCUUCCCAUACCACAUCAUGAUCAACCUGACCCAAGUUUUCUUGACAAAAUAAAAGCAAAACUAGGGAUUGGUCAUCAAAAUCUGGAAUUUCCAACUUCAACAACACCUCUGGUAGAAUCUACUACACCAUAUAUAGUUACUACCUCUUCUUCUCCUCCAACUACACCUCUACCAUCCGAACCCGGCUUUUUUGGAAAAGCAUUCGCAAAACUGAAAUCCAUGUUGAACAUUGACUCGACAGACCCGACUAAACCCAACUUGGUUAUUAAAUACGGCGAGAAAGCUGUUGAAAAACUUGGUCCCAAACUUUUGGAAAAAAUCAAAAAGAACUUCCAUGGAAUGAACAGUUUCUUUUCGACGGACGAAGAAUUUCCCACGCAACUUCAGAAUUUCGAAGGUCGAACACAAACCGAAAUUAGAACAUUGAGAGAAAAAGUGGAGAGAUUGGAGAAAUUAGUUGAAGGACUUCAAAGUAUUCUGAUGAAAGAAUGGAAUGUAACGGAGAGUGGAUCCAAGUACAGAUUUUUCGAGGAAAGGAAGAAUUGGGAUAAUGCGGAGAAACAUUGUCAAGGAUUUGGAGCACAUUUGGCAAUUAUUGAUAACGAGGCGAAGAACACUUUUGUCACCAAUCUGAUCAAUUCAAGUGAAACUUCGGACUUUGCCUGGAUCGGAAUGAAAACCAAAACCUCCACUCAAACUUCCACUCCAUUCACCAAUUUCGAUUCCGAGUCCCCUAUCGAUGGAUGUGCUGUAGUGGAUUCCAAAGGUGUCUGGUCCAUUAGAUCAUGCAUUCAACUCCGUCCAUUUGUGUGUCAAAUCAUUAAAACUGAUGUGAAUAUCUGA